GGUUCCCCAUUGGACGGUUCUUGAUAUCCUCCCAAGCUAAGCUAACCAACCAGGUCACUUUUUAAUGCCUUCUUCUUAUGUUCCUUCUCCUCCUUCUGCGUCAUCCACCUCUCAGCUUCUGCAGCUCGCUUCCUCUUCCUUCUCUGCACAGAAGAAAGUGGACACCUCUCCUCUUUUGGGUUCGAUCGAUAAACCUCGGAUAUGAACGGUGGCGACGCGGUGUCGGGGAUCAUGGAGGCCGAGUACAUCAGGAGGCAUCACAAGCAUGAGGCCGGAGAGCGGCAGUGCACUUCGGCUGUCAUCAAGCGCAUCAAAGCUCCUGUUCACCUGGUGUGGUCUCUGGUGAGGAGAUUUGAUCAGCCUCAAAAGUACAAGCCCUUUGUCAGCCGGUGUAUCAUGAAGGGUGAUUUGGGCAUAGGGAGCGUAAGAGAAGUGAAUGUCAAGUCCGGGCUUCCAGCUACAACCAGCACUGAGAGAUUGGAACUUCUUGAUGACGAGGAACACAUACUUGGUAUUCGAAUCGUUGGCGGUGAUCACAGACUCAAGAACUAUUCUUCAAUUAUGACGGUCCAUCCUGACAUGGUUGAAGGAAGGCCAGGAACACUGGUGAUCGAGUCAUUUGUAGUAGACGUGCCUGAUGGGAACACGAAGGAUGACACGUGCUACUUUGUCGAGGCCUAUAUCAGAUACAAUCUCAAAUCUUUGGCUGAAAUUUCGGAGAGAAUGGCUAUUCAGGACCGAACUGAAGCUGUAAACAGCUUCUAAAAGCUUUAUAGAGUCAUGAGCAGUGCUUUGAUGUCUUUACGACUGUGGAUGCAUAGGAGCUCUGUUGUCACUUCUAGAAAGCAUUUGCUUCCACUUGCUUGUUUUCCUCCCUUGGAAAAUGUGUUUCCUCGCUUGGUCAUGUUCUAAGGGAGACAUCAAGAGCACUCUUUUGAAUGGCUGGGUAUAAGGGUUUUUGUCCAUGGAAAUGGUGUCGAUGCUGGUUCGGUGUUUGUAAAUAUUGACAUGGAAGUGUUGCGCUCUAUGUGCAUUUGCUGGUGUGCAUACGCGCAGCUUUAAUUUAGUAGAUAGGCUGUAAGAGUAAAUUUUCGAGAAAAUUUGCUUCCUUAUAAGUAAAUAGUUGUUUCCGUUUGCAA